CGCCACUGUGAGUCGGUGACCAAGGCGCGAAGAGCGCGCUCGCCGCACCGUGACAUGUAGCGCGGCCACCGCGCCGCAGCCUCGCGUAAACACCGCCGGUGGCGGCGCGCCGAUGCGCCUGCCGUCCGGCCCGACGCCCGCGCCUAAAAACCUAACGCAUAAAACCCAGUGCCGUUUUCACUGUUACACCUGAAGCGAGCCCUUCGACCCGUCUGUAUCGACGACCAUCGUCGGAUGGAACCCGGAGUGCGGCGAUUCGCAUCAAGGUUAGAUGAAUAUUUGAAUGUGAGUGUUGUGCGCCGCCCGAAGUCUUCCUGAGCGCCCAGCGCGAUCCCUUCAGCCGUACGCGCACCCCGGCCCGUCGUUUCACUAGCGGCGGGAGCUAGCUCAGACAUGGGAAGUGAGCACUAUUGCCUGAGGUGGAACAAUCAUCAGAGCAACCUGCUGGGAGUUUUCAGCCAGUUGCUGCAAGACGAGAGUUUGGUCGACGUCACACUUGCGUGCUCCGAGGGCGCCUCUAUACGGGCUCAUAAGGUAGUACUUUCCGCGUGUUCGUCGUACUUCCGAUCGCUGUUCGUGGACCACCCUUCGCGCCACCCCAUAGUGAUCCUGAAGGACGUAGGCUUGGAGGAGCUCCGAACACUAGUCGACUUCAUGUAUAAGGGCGAGGUCAACGUCCAGUACUGCCAACUCCCCGCUCUCCUUAAAACUGCUGAGAGCCUUCAGGUAAAAGGAUUAGCUGAGAUGACUACAUUAAGUGCGGCAGGCGUUGACACAAGGAAUGUUUCUGAACCGAUGGAGGAGUGUCAAGCCCAAAACUCAAGUGAAUCCGCAGAACCCAUAGAAAGAUUACACGAGAGAGAAUCUCGUGAUAAAGAUGAUAGGCAUGACGUAAAGGAAACCAGAGAGAGGGAGAACAAAGAUAUUAGAGAAACCAUCAGAGACACGCGCGAUUCUAGGGACAUACGGGAAUCAAGAGAUAGGGACCGUGAUUUAAGAGAACCGCGCGACUUAAUACGAGAAAGAGAACCCCGCGAACUGAGAGAUGUGCGGGACCAUAGAGAAUUACGCGACACCAGAGAGCCCAGGGACUUGAGGGAUCUCAGAGAUCUCCGCGACACCCGCGAUGCCCCUGAAACAUCGCCGCCGAGGAUAUCACCUUUGCUUUCUGUACGAAGGUUUCGGCAAGAAUCGUCGUUAGAGACUUCUACACCCACGCAUCCUCCCAUACCAAAAGAUGAACCACCUGAUGAACCUAUGCGGCCUCUGUCGCCAGAAGACGACACAGUGUCCAUUAGAUCUAAUGGUGCUAAUGAUAAUAUUGGCAUCAACAUGACGAUAAACAGCCACAGCGGCCUUGGCCCGCGAUAUUCUCCAGUGGAGCAAAGACUGAGUGUGCUGAACGCACUACCACACCCCGGCCUGCCGUUACACUCGCAUACUUCUCUGCCGAGCCCUAGAAACGAACCGAUCGCAGGACCAUCUGGAUUACCCCCUGUUCAACAAGUACCUUUGUCAUUAAAGAAAGAAACUGAUUGGGACAGAAGCAAUGAGGAUAAAGGUGGCGGAGAAUCAUCUUCAGAAUAUCGACUGCAACACGAAUCGAUGUGUUUAGAUAUGUCAUGUGGGUCGGCGAGCAUCCCUAGUCCCAUUCCACCUCGAAGCCCGACCGCUCUACCGCUGUGGUCCCCUUUGCUGGCUCUACAAGCCUGUCGAAUUCGGAGAUAUCUCAGCGACGAUUGCAUGACUUACCAAAACCGACACUUGUUGCACUCCGAGAGACGCCGCUGCGGAGUGUGUCUCGCCUCAUUCCCAUCUUCGUGGCUACUUGAACGUCAUGCGGCCCUCCAGCACGCUUCUCAGUCUGCGUGCGAAGAUAAGCCGUUCGUCUGUGAACAAUGUGGACAGAGUUACAGGUAUCGAUCCGCCUACGUUAAGCAUCGAGAACAAAACCACAGGGCGCGCCUGCCAGCCGACAAGCUGUUUACGUGCGACGUGUGCGGUAUGCAAUUUCGCUAUUUGAAAUCUUUCAAAAAGCAUCGUCUCAACCAUACUUUGGAAAGACUGCACACGAAGAACACUGAUCCUCCUGAAGGAAUGGAACCGGUCUCUAGCACAAACGAAGUCCUAAUAGGCCAAUGUGGUGAGAUGGAUCUUUCUCUCAAAAAGAGGAACAGAGUUGAAGCAACUAGAUCUCCGCCAAUUGAAAUUAUUGGUGACGCAGAACAAGACAGCACGGUGGAUUCGAACGGACCGACUGAUUCAAUCGUAACAGUGGAUGAUUCGACCGAUUGUAGAAAUUCCAGCGCUGAAAGUGAAACUAGACGGGAGGAAGACGCCGUUCCCGGGGAAAGAAAACGCGUACCCGUGUCGUUCGCUAGCGUUAGCUCCAUCGCUGACAGCUCUGAAAGCGAAUCCAGGGGCGACAGUUCGAAACACGAAACUUCUAGUUCACAUUCCGGAAUACUGGGCUUCUUGCAAAGCGACGACAAACAACGAGACAGAGAGAGGCGGUUCGCGUGCCCGUUCUGCGGGAAAUGUGUGAGGUCAAAGGAGAAUCUGAAAUUGCACGUUCGUAAGCAUACAGGGGAGCGUCCGUUCGUGUGCCUGUUCUGCGGGCGGGCGUUCGGGGGCAAGAGCGACCUGACGCGGCACCUGCGCAUCCACACGGGCGAGCGGCCCUACCACUGCGAGGCGUGCGGGAAAUGCUUCGCGCGGGCCGACUACCUCUCCAAGCAUCUCACCACGCACGUUCACAAUGCACGUUGAUUGACCGCGCCGUCCUUUUUUAAUCUUUUCAUACCUCUAUAGUUAACGACCGAGUCAUAUUGUAACAGCAAAUCGGAAUAUUUUUUAAAAUGUUUUUAACCUUCAUAAGAAUAUAUCUAAGCAGGUCUAAUUAGAUUUUACACUGUUUUUGGUUCGGAGUUGUAUUUAUAGUUUAAUAGAUAAUUUUCGAUAUUUAUUCUAUACAUUAUAAUAAAAUGGAUGAUAUUUAUGAUAAUUGCUAAGAAACUAAAUAUUUUAUAUUUUUUUGUUAACGUCACACUACACUAUUGGAAUGCAAUAAUAUGGCUAUUAUUACAGAGGCAUUUUCUCUCACUUUGAAAAUGUGUAUAUUUUUUCGUUUAGAAAAGUACAGUCGAAAUUAAAAGAGCUGUUGAUGUGAAUGUAUCUAACGAGCAAUCUUUAAAUUGUGAUGAAUGAAAUCUUGUCUUGGGGUCUAAAAGUCAUGUUUUUUAACAAUAUUUGGAUUCUACGUUUAUGCCAUAUUAUAUUGAAUUAUAUGACUAGGAUAAAAUUCAUUCCAUUGAGGGAAGGUAGUAAAAAAUGUAGUCGUGACGAAUAGGUAAGUAGAAGAAUGCAAAAGCUGUGAUUCAUACGAUUAAGACCAGUCAACAAGUUUAAGAACAUCGAAAAAUGUUUAAUAUAAGUAAAUUAAUAAUAACGUUUUCAUAUUAAUUAUAAUUCAUUAUAGAUUUAGAAAUCUCUCUGUGCCAAAAUAUGUACCUCAUAAAAGUAAACAAUCAAGUAGAUAAAAUAAUUACCUAUUUAUUGCUUAAACACGUGGUUAUAUUCGUUUUACAGACAAUAUACAGUUAGGUUUUACGUGGCCUCCUGGUUCAAUAUUUUUGUUUCGAUUUUGGUACGAUUUUAUAAUUUUGAAGAUUGUGCUCUGCCUAAUUAAACUUAAAAGUUUUUAUAACAUAUACAAAGUAGAAGAGUCGAUAUUUGAUUGCUCUUCCCACGUACCUAAUGUAACAAAAAGGUGUCAUAUCUUUUCUAUUUUAUAAAAAUACUUGCCCGCAGACGUUAAAUGAUAUCUACCUAUACAUAAUAUUUUAAGAUUAAAUACUUACUGCCAAUAUUGUGAUAUUCUUUAUACGUAUGUACACUACAAGUUGUUUCCGUGGGUUUAUAUUUUUAUAUCAUCGGGAAAUAUUAUUUGACAAAUGGAUUUCAAAGAAUCAUUUAUUAAUCUGUCAAUUCAUAAUUAAUAGUAAGGGAGAUUUUGAAUUAGUUAUUUUAAGGGCCGAUUUUUCAAUGCUUGGAUAAUACUUAUUCGUUGAAUAAUGUAUAAAACUACCAUUUUAAAAACGUAUUCAAAUUGCCCGUAUUUGACAGUUUACGUGACAUUUUAAUAUUAUCGCGUAAUACUUUAUUAGACGGAUAAGUUUUAUCCAAGCAUUGAAAAAUCGGCCCUUAAUGGUCUGGUUUAAAAAAGUAUUGUUAUGGAUAUUAUUAUGUUGUUCAACCCCGUUUUUGUGGUCUAAAGAAUAAGUGAGUUUCUCUAUCGAAAUAAAGACUUAUAUGUAUCGCGUCCAAAAUACUAUAGACUGUCGAACUUUUUACCACUACUAUAAAGAUGGAUAUUCGUCCAUUACUCACUUUUUAAUUCAGAUAAACAGAAAAUGUGUCAACUCCAACUACAAGUCUAUUUGACAGGACAAUGUAGGUAAUGUUUCUUUGAAAAUGCAUUUCAGAUUGAAGAGUUGUUACACGCAGGUUCCAAUUAAGAAUAACAAUUAAAACGACCACAUUUUUUCUAUGAAAGCAUCUCUUAAUUACGUUUUGUUUGCCGUUUUUCAAAUUACAAGGCCAACUUAGUAUAAAAACUGUCAAUUACAUGUUUAUUAUUAUAUAGAGAGAUAACUAUGUUACAUAUAAUAGAACAUACAAUAUUAUGCGGGCUAGUAUUUUUUAAUAUAUUCAUAUAAUUUGUGGAGGGAUAAGAUGCACCUUUACGUGAACCUCAUUAAAGGCCUUGAAUUAAAUGGUUAUUCAAUAAAAUAUGUUAGGUUAGUUUAGUUAAUACUGAAAUGUGUCGAUGUUAAGUUAUGACAUUUUGGUUUUUAAUUAAGAAUUGAUAACAAUAUUGUUAUCUGAAAUACCAAUAUCAAAUUUGCCAGAGGGAUAUAAUAUUAAGUAAUUAGGUAGUCGAAAAUAUGGUGUAAACGAAAAGCAAUACUCUGAAUUAUUAUUUUUAUGAUGGAAAUACUCGACGGAAUAUUUGUGUGGAUUUUGGGAAUAAUUAAAAAUAAAACGGACAGUCAACGUUAUGAGUAUCUUUCGGUACAUUAGUAGUAAAAUUACCCCUUGAAACGAUGUCAUCGAACGACGAAAUUAGAAACAUAUAAGAAGACAUAAAUUGUGUAUAUUAUGUAGCUAUUUGUUCCAUUUCAUAUUAAAAUUAUUAAAGUAAGUAUUCAAAAUUGAUGUUGACUGUUUUUAUAAUUAUAUCAGUGGUAGUUACUUGAUGUUGUGGUGUAAAUUAGUGUCUUAUAAUAUUGUUGGUCGAAAAUUACUCAAAGCUCUUUGUCAUUUGAUCGCUCAUUGGCUGAAUGAAGCGGAGGUACAAGUAAAAUUGUACUUUCCGUAAAAAAAUGCGAUUUGAAUAAUUGCCCAUUCAUUUUAGAGUUACCAAUUACUAUGUACAUCUUAUACGGUAUGCUACGGCAAAGAAAGGAUUCGCACACUCUUGGUAUGUAUAGGUAUUAUGGUGAACAACUGCGUUUCAUUAUAACGCUAGUUUAUCCAAGUUGCAAGGAAGAUGUACAUAGAUUAAGAAAAGGGCUUAUUAAAUUAUUCUUUGAGUAGUUUUUGACCUUUACGUAGUAUUUAAUCGGUGUGGUCUUCUUUAUAUAAAUUUAUUCAUGUAUCUACUUUAUGUAACUAUGAUGUUUUAUUUUAUAAUCGGAUUCUAAAGAAUAUUGAGCACGGCAAGUUUUGUAAAUAAGUGCUACCAGGUCAAAUGUGAUAAAUUAGGAUAUAAGAGAUGUAUAAUAAUGGAUUUAUAAGUCCCUGUGUUUCACGGCGAUAUGAAGAUCGUAACAAUGAAAUGAAAGACAACAACGCGGUUUUCGCUGGAGAGUUCCCAUUCAAUAAAUUUCCUUGUUACGACAAAGAUAGUUCGUGAAAUGCAAGGCAUAUAUUUCUUUUUUAAUAUUAUUAUAAUGUAACUACAUUGUCAUUAAAUCUCAGUUUGAUUUCAUCAUCCCUGAUGAGAACGUAUCGUGAUUCCUGACCACUUUUCACAUUUUUAUUGCUACACUGUUUAUUGUAAUAUAUUGGGCAUUAUGUUUUAAUUAGUAAAUAUCUUAUUUAUUCAACAUUGUAAUUGUAAAAGUGCGGUUAGAUUUGUCACUUUGUGUUUUUUUCGUAAAAAAAUGCACUGAUUAGCCAACGCGAAGGGGUCAUUCGUAUUGGUUGUAUAUUAUUUUUUUUAUUUAAUGUGUUGCCAGUAAGAAGGUAGUCGUAUAUGCAAAAGUAUUAUGACACUUGAUGGAGUUCACGCAUACGUGAUAAUUUUUGGACGUAAUUAUUUAUUAGUUAUUUCAUAGUCAGCUUUAUAAGUUUUUAAAAGCGUUCAAUUUUUCCACACGUUGACAUAAAACAUUCAAUAAGCGCACAGUUUUUAAUCACGUCUCCGUCCGUACAGAUUAUUCAAUUUUGUAUCCACUCAAUUAAUUCCUUGUUUUUUUCCACAGUUUUUUUCUUAAUUUCAUUUAUUGGGUUGAAGUUUUUAUAAUGACAAUUCUUCACAAUUUUUUUGUAAGUUUUGUGCUCGGAAACUAGAAAGGAGUUUUACGCGAGAUAAUGAUUAAUAAUACCUCUCUUUCAAUUCACAGUGACACUUCUAUGCUCCUUGUAUGGUGGAAUAUUUGAUAUAUUAUAAUUUCUGAACGACAAAACGUAUAAUACGAGAUACAGAGUGUUUUCUACAUUACCCCAUUAUAUUGUAAGAAUGUUUUAAAGGAAAGCGAAGGUUUGACAAUUGUUAUUAUUGUGAUAUUACUAUAAGUUGAGACCGUUAAAUAGAAACUAAAGUCUCCGCGAAGAUAGACAACAACGAUUGAUUCUAGACUGAUUUUCGGGUAGAGGUGUAGGCCAGAAAGAUCACAGGUAAUAAUUAAUAUAAUUACAUAAUGAUUGAUUUAUUUAAAAGCCAAACGCAGUCUCAAUAGUCUUUUACAUAAAUCACUAAGAGAGUUUAUUUAAUUUUAAACGUAACUUAUAUCUACAGAAAGUUUUAUAUACCGAUCUUAAAUUAUUUUUCAGAUGUAUUGAUUUUUAUACUUGUCCAUAUUAUACAACGUGAAUAGUGGUAAGUGUAGUUAAAGUAGAUGGGUCUGUUAACCGCGUGGUGCUACAAUGUGUAAUGAUAUGUGAUAGAUAUUGUUCUUCAGAGACAUUUUAUUUAUCGAAGCUUCCAUAGAUAAUUGUGACACACCUAACAUAAUAAUGACGUCAGCAAUAAUUUUGUUUAGGUUAAUAUUGUGCGUUUAAGACUAUUUUUUGUUUUGUAAUGUAUAUAAUGUUCAGUGCAAUGCGGUGUAAGUCAGUCGUUUAUUUACUUCGAAAGGUUUAGUUUAAGUUGAAAAGUUGACCAAAUACUUUCGUCUGAGCAACAAAAUCAUAUACAUAGUCUGGCUUUGGAACUUGUGUAAUUAUCGAUGUCGAUAUAAAUUUGUAAAUGUAACAAUGGAGACUUGGCUAGGUAGUAAAUAUUUAUUUGGAUUUAAAUACGUUUUGAUGGCUCAUUGUAUUUAUUAUUUGUUAACUUGUUUUACGGCUUUAGGAAAGGGAUGUGAAUAGCCACGUUAUCCAAUAAUAAUUAUAAUUAUUAAUAUUUAUAACCAUUGUACAAUUUUCUUAAAAGAAAGCAUAUUUUCAUGUGAAGUUAGUGAUAAUCUCUUCAGUCCUCCAAGGUACUAUGAGAGUUUGUUGACAAGGUUCGUUUUAACAAUCAUUUUUAUACGAAAGUACACCUUGAAGCUGAAGAAUCAUAUUUUACCAAAUUUCAUUUUUGUUUUUCAAUUGAAUUUUAUCCUUAGAUUUUUUACCUAUUAUUUUGUUGUUAAACUUUUCUUAGUUUAGUCUCGGCAAAAAUGCAUUUUGUCUUUAUUCUUUUUAAAGUUUUAUCACAUUGAGUUCUGUCAGUAAUGGGUGAACUUUCACUAUUUUAACCAACUUAUAUAAACACAUUGUUACAUUAUAUGAUAUAUUUUUUUUACUGGUAUAUUUCAGAUAAUUAUUACUGUUAACCAAAUAAGCCCGUUUUAUAGUUUUAACGUGAAGUUAUUAACUUUUUAUAUAGGUAUUUUAAAGAUUUUUAUGUUAAGUACGUGAAUCCAUCUAUACAAUGAAACAGUCCAUUAAUAAAAUCUCUUGUCCAUUGUCCAAAUAACGUAGGCAUAGUUUCAAAUUUUGUAUGUGUUUAAUACACACCUAAAUUAAUAUUGCUAUUGUGUAACUUAAUUUAAAUAUUGAUGUGCAAAAUUAUAGUAAAUGUCUUGGAUCUCUAAAAUUAAAAAAAAAAAGACAAAAACACUUUACGAAAUUUCUAAAUGUGACAUAAAUGUGUGUGUUGUAGUGUUAUUAGGCGUAAAAAUUACUAUGAAAUAUGGUUACUCAAUAAUAUGAGCGACUGUCGAUUUGCUCAUUUUGUGCGUUUUUGUAUAACCAUGAUCUCAUUAGCGGUAACCAUAUUUUCUAGUGUGUUAUAUAAAUAUUUGGCACUUUAAAAAAGGCACAUUUUUCUUAUUAUUGUAAUUGAAAAAUGGUUUGAAAACGUGUUGAAAUGGAUUUGUUGAGUACAUUAAUUUCAUAAUGAAAUAUAUUUGUUUCAUUAA